GGCGAGCUUUCAUCUUCAUCUUCAACGUGCACGCUAGUGCAAAUGGAGAGGUAUUUUAUUUCUUGUUUAUGAUAAGAGGUCUCCACGAUCAUCCAUCUAACAGGCUAAAAACAUUCCUGUAAAGAUAGAACAAUGCAUACUAGGAUCGCCCUCUCUUCCAGUCGAAAGAGAUCGAUGAUGUGCGCGGGGAGUGUUGAGGAAUUCUAGAAAUUGGGUGGACAGAUGAGCUCAACUUUAUCAAGGAAUAAUAUCGAAUCUGGUGAAUAUAGGUGAGCUCAAGAUUGUUUUCGUCUGAUCUAGAGUUACAGUUCUUUCUUUGAUGGGAAGGCAUUUUCUUGUUUUUCUUAAUAAUCUCCUUGGGGAUGCAAAAAAGAACACAAGAACGUAAACAAAUUCCUUUCAAAUAGAAUUUCGUUCUCUACAUAUGGAUAUCCCGUGCUUUACUCUCAGCUGAAGAAAACGAUAUUGUGCAUAGUUGUCCCCUUUUCCCACACCCUAAAUUGGAUUGAUAACAAUAUAUAGCUCUUCCAUCUGUUCCUAAAAAGGUUAAUGGAAGGCACUAUAUUUUUGAAGUAAUGUAUACUCACGACUUUUUGACAAUCAAAAUCAUAACGUUGAUCGGAUUUUUAAGUAUUGAGUACACUUCAGCAAGCUCGACAUGAGUAACUACUGUGUCCAUUGCAUGCAUGCAUGAGAUCAGUCAAAUGAAUUGUUUAGGCACAUUCCUCUAAACACUUCUGUAAAGCUAAGUGCAUGUGAGUGUAUGACGAAAAAAGUCGUUAACUCCUCUUUCACGACCUUUUGACUUCAGAAGGCUUUGAAAAUGUAAUGGCCCCUUUACGGCCGUCCAAAUGUUCUGAUUUUUUGUCACCUGUUCUAAAUUAGAUCGUGCAUGCUAAUAUUUCAGUCCGUCUUUUUGAACUAUGUUAUUAUUUUGAAUUGAGAUUGCAAAGUGUGGUUUAAACAGCUGAAUUCUGCUACAGUCAGUCUCGUUGUAAUUCAGAAAAUGGAAGACAAUAAAUUUCAGUUUUGUAUGUACCAAAACAUGCAAUUUAAAAAGUGCAUGUGAUGAUCAUGAAUAAUUGCAGGUAUGUGCAGAUUGAUCGAGAUUCUAAUAAAUUGAAGCUGAUGUUUACCUUUAGUCGACCAAACUAAAGCGGGUGCUCUGCUUUAUCAAUUAGCAAACAAGCGAACAAAAAGAAGAAUUUAUUGACUUGGUCCUGGAUGCAGAAUGUUCAAAUAUAACUGAGCACUUGAUUGUGUGGCGAGAUCAAAGAAUGCAUAUGGCAGUAAAGUUUGGAACAUAUCAUUGCAAAUUAAACAUGUGCCAAACACAGCUGUCCUCUGACUCUCAGUCGUUAAACAUGCUUUAUCACUUGACUCAUCUUUCCUUUUUUUUCAGAAAGAAGUGUUAAAGAAAAUGGCAGCUUUAAGCAGUUUAUCUCCACUAUCUGAUGAUGGGUACCCACAGCCAUCCCUUUUACCAGGGGAAAUAGUAGUUGCUAGAGCCGUCAAUGUGUUGCGUUUCCAGACAAUGGCAAACCGAAAAUCGGGAAUAUCCGGAGUGUUAUAUGCAACUAACUUCCGCAUGUCGUUCUUGACAAGGAACCCAAAUGCUGAAUCCCAACUCAAUUCAGUAUUCCAGUCCAACCCCGACUUGUCGCAAGCAGGAGAGAUAUACUCGGACAUACAAAGGGAACUUCACAUCCCUCAGACUUGUAUCACAGAUAUCUUUUACUACUCAAGCUCUACUGCUGAUGGUUCCAAAGUCAAAAAGGUUCAUCCAGGUUCCAGAAUGGCAUCCAAAGUCCAUUCACUGGAAAUACGUUGCAAGGAUUUUCGAGUGGUCAGGUUUGGCUUGAAAUUUACACCCAAGAAAGAACACGUGAAAAUGGUGAAUGCUAUUGCCCAUUACAAGGCUCCAAGCUCCAUUGUUCUACUGUUUGCAUUCCCUUAUAGCAUGGCGGAGAAUGAAAAUGGCAAGGGAAGGCAGGAUACCAUACCAACUUUUAGAAAUCUGCCUGAUUGGUUAAACGAGCUGUCAAGACUUCAAGUUGAUGACACUUGGAGAGUAGCAACCGUCAACAGCAAAUUCCAAACUUGUCCAUCACUGUCUGAGAUGUUUGUUGUUCUUUCAUCAUUAUCAGAUUCAGACAUUAACAGGAUGUCACUGCAUUAUGUAGAUUCACGUCUGCCCAUCUGGUGCUGGAGUCAUCCCAAGACAGGAAUACCUAUACUGUGCGGUGGGGCUGGGAGGUAGGUUAAAAUAAUACGUUUUACAGUCGCUAAUCGUUCCACGGUUAGAUCGUUCCAUUAAACAACUGCAUUGCUAAAAUGGAGGUUGGGUGCCUGGAGUAUCCAGGGGCUUCCACUAUUGGCAGCCAGACCCUAGACUGAAAUAAUGCCCAAUGACUGGCACAACAGUGCAACCCAGCUAUGAGCCCCCACAGGCAAGGAAAGGAACAGGCACCUGUCACACUCAAAACAUCAGUGGAGAAAAAACCAACAAAGCUUAGGGGGAGGGGGGGAGGGGAAGAAAAUGGCUGACAGAACCCAGCACAAAGGAAAACUGAACGCGCCAAUGAAUCGCAUGAUAGAAGUUGCCAGCUACUGGGCAUGUGCAUGCCAAAGACAGCUGACCUCAGGCACUUAAGGCGCUUUUAGUUGUUAACUCCUUUUAAUUGCAUUUAAAUGCAUUUUAUGGUCAGAUCAUUCCACAGUUUUAGUGUAAAACUCGCUGUGAAGUGUGCUUUUUUGGCUUAUAGCUUAAAGAACAAAGUUUACACAUGAGUAGCGCUCUUGUUUUUGCUCAUGGCCUUAAGACUCUGACUGAUUCUGACUAUAUUUUGGAACAAUAUAAGCAAAUGGAACAAUCUGACCAUGGAACGAAGUGACCAGAGUAACCGUUGAACCUCCAUGUGUUACCACCUCUCAAGUGCCCACCUUUCAUAAGUGACCACUUAAUAGACAAAACACCAAACAUUUCUUAGUCGAUGGCCUUACGGUUGGAACCCUUAGUAAACAAUUAGCUCCUGUAAUGGUCCAAGGCCUUUAUGGGACCACAUUUUGAGGAUGAAAGUUUUAUAAUUUUCCAUUGUUUUUAACCUCUUGCAAGCGACCACUUGAUGUAUGGUCUGAACUCUAUAGCUAUGUUUGCUGUAUGUACUGUGCUGCUUUAUUGACCACGUGGAACUACAUGUAUUGUAUUAUUUUGCAUAGAAAUUCCAUGCAGUUAAGAUGAAAUCCACCAGGAAACUGAGUAAUUUUUACUUUCAGUGGACAAAAACCUUGUCCAAGAAUAAUUUAAAGCAUAUUGCAUUCUUUUUUACAUUUUUCAAGGGCUGAAGAUGUAAUCAGUCAUCUGUAAUAACACCAAAGAAAAUUUCUCGUGGGAGUCCGAAUAAUGAAUAUCAAAUUUCACAAGAAAUGUGAAAACAUGGGUAAAAUUCUGAAAAUUUCAUGUGUAAGAUGUAAUUUUGGGAAAUUUGACAUUCAUUGCAUCCUUAGCCCUUGAAAAAUGUAAAAAAAAAUGGAAUAUGCUUUAAAUUAUUCUGGUACAAGGUUUUUGUCAACUGAAAAUUUACUCAAUUUCCUGGUGGAUUCUGUCUUAAUUAUCUUCCAUAAAGUAGAUGAGUCUGGACUCAGACUGGACCCCUUCUUAGAAGAGACCCCUGGUGGCUCAAUUCUUGUAAGCCACUACCUUCAAUAAGCGGCCAUUUUAAGCCCUUCCUGGUUUUCUCACCAACUUGUCUUUUUAGACCAGAGAGCAUAUUCUUGGAGAAAGAGGAAACGUCUUUCUUCAGAGCACUGUCCCUGAUUCCAUGCAACACAGAGCACAAAGAGGUGAAGGUCGUGAACUUAACAAAGACUUGUCCAACAAUAAAAGAGCUACAGCAGAGCUUUCUUAAGGUUAAGGAACUCUGCAUGUUAGAAACAAGUAAAGAAUUUUGGAGCAUGGAUUCUACUUGGCUGACAAGCUUGGAUGCAUCAAGGUAUGUUGUAAUGAAUAAGUUGCUGUUAUUAAGUUACUGCUGGAUCAUCUAGCCUCAUGCCGCCAUUACUUAGGGCCUGAGAACAUAUUGUCUUCCAGUCUUCCACUCCAUCGUACCCUUAGGAACUGAAAUUAUGGGGAUUUUGCAAAAAAGAUCAGUGUAGAGUCAAGUAGUUAUGGUAGUAACACAGCCACUGCAGUAUGUAGUAGUACUUCAUUAACAUUAUGGAGGUUGAGAGAAUAGUCAGUAUGGAAUGGCAGUGUUUUUUUCUUGAAGUUGGUUAAUUCAUUUGGUUCCUUUAAAAAUUGGUCAUGCAGGGCUGUCAUUAAGUGGCAGGGGCCAAAUAUUUCCCCUGGCUACUUUUAUAGAAAAAUAGAAGAAAGCUAGAACCAAAAGAAAUCCCUUAAUUAUCCCCACCUACUUGUUGUACUUACCUGGCAAUUGUCUAUUUAGGGUGAAAACUUCACCACCCUUUAGGGAACUAAGCGAGAUUUUUAACAAAACUGGCAGUCCCCUGACAGGAACAGGGAACUUUGCGGGUCUGUGUGCGAGGGGGAUAGGGCAGGAUUAAAACAUUUUAGCUUGUUUGUUACAUAUACAUAAUUAUUUUACUUAUUUAAGUUAUCUUAUGUUAAAAUUACCAGUUUUAUGUUAUUCUUGGCUUAUUCCUUUAUCAUUUUCUUGAAUGUUGUUAGCAUUGGGGUAGAUGAAGCUGAAGAGUAUAGAUACAGUGUAAAAGUGGCCUUACACUCUCAUUAUUGUUAUUUUGUAGGUGGUUGAACUGCCUAAGACUUUCACUUGUUGCUGCCAUGGAUGUGGUGGAAUCCAUUUCUCUUGACCGUUCACCAGUAAUUAUCCAAGAAACUGGAGGUCGGGAUUUUGUGCUGGUUGUUGGAAGCCUUGCUCAGUUGAUUCUAGACUCAUUUUACCGAACAAUAAGAGGUUUCCAAACCCUUAUUCAGAAAAUGUGGGUGCUUGGGGGUCACCAAUUCCUCCAGCGCUGUAACCACAUCAGGGAAUCACGCCAGGAGACUGAGAGAGAAGAAUCUGUGGAGUCCCCUGUUUUUCUUCACUUCAUAGAUUGCGUGUAUCAAUUGACACAACAGUUUCCGUCUGCAUUUGAAUUCUCGGAGACAUACCUUCAUGCUCUGUUGGACACAGUGCAUGCAUGCAUGUUUGAUACAUUCUUGUUUGAUUGUGAGAAACAGAGAGAUGAGUUGUGUGGGACAGAACUUGGUGGAAACUCAAUGGUAUCGCUGUGGGAUUUUGUCUCAGAGCAGCUCGAAGACGCUAGAAAUUCAGAGCCUUAUCUAAAUCCAUUGUUCGUGUAUCAAAAGUCAUUGGAUGAAGGAAUCGCAAAUGGAACAAGCACAGAUUCUUACCUUAAGGUGAACACGCUUGCUCCUGGUUUAAAGUUCUGGACUGGACGUUAUCUAAGAUGGCUGCCAGUAGUACAUGUCAGCACUGGUAUGGGAGAAAACUCAUCUUCUCAUUUUCAGCAAAUGAUCCUGGCAAACGAGCUUAGGAUCUUGCGACAUCGUCUGGCUGUCAACAAGUAUGAGCAAAAUCCUAAAGAAAACCCCAUUGAUGGCGACAAAGCCCUUGGAUUUGAUGGAACUGAUUUUGAGAUAGGCGGUGACUUAAGCUUGGACUUAGAAACAAGCAAGCUGCUCACGCCCAGUCUGCCAUUUAUUGGAGACCUCGCGCUAAGCAAGUACUAUUCUGGUGAUUUGCUGACAACUGGUGGUGCAGAGAAUGCAGUUGAAGUGGGGAAGUUUUGAAUAACAUUCAUACACACAGUCUUGCUACUGAUGUUAAUUAAAGCCACUGCAUUAGUCAGAUGGCAUCCAAUUUAAUAUUAGAAUGUGAAUCAUUCAGCAUUUUGAGCUUCACUUUGAGUGUAUUCUAACUUGCAAUUGGCUUGACAGUACUGGAAAGCAAUAGUGUCUUAAUGUGGAAUUUGCACUAAACAAGUUGGUUACUGUUUCAGUGUCACUAAAAAGUUACCUCCCAAGGGAGAAUAGUUCAUGCACCAGUACUUUUAUGAUAUAUAACAAGGACAUAUUAGUUUUGAUAUAAAGAUGUGCACUCUAUAUUAAUCAUUGUUUUGUUCUGGAAAAUAUCCAUUCUCUCCACCCACCAUGUACCCCAUGAAGGCUUUGUCUUAUUUAACACUCAUCCCAUCACCCCUACCCCACCAUCCACACACCUUUUAUAAUUCCAAUGUAUUGCUUUAAUUUCCAUUUUGUUGUUCUAGAAAAUAUCAGUACUCCCUCUUAGAGGGUUCAUUGGCUUGAACCCCCAACUCCAAAUUCCACCCAUAUUCAAUUUCCAACGUGGCUUUAGACUUCCUUCAAAAAUUUUGGUUUUACGACUUCCCCUCUCCCCCACCAUCCC